AAAAGUCAGAAUUAAUGGGACGAGUCAAGAGGCGACAGUUUUGCCGGGGAAAUCAAAUUACACUUCAGUUCGGUGUGAAUCUGUGAAAUGGGGCAACCGAUUAAUAAGCUGCAAUACUAUCUCAGGGAUGAGGUGGUGUCGCACAACCAGAAGGACGACUGCUGGGUGAUCAUUCACUCGAAUGUCUUCAAUCUGACGCCCAUGCUAAGGGAUCGCCUGGAUAACUGGAACCGCAACCUGGACUACCUGAUAGCACAUGCCGGCAAGGAUCUCACGCACUUCUUCCACGAAAAUGGCGAGCCACGGACGGAGAUCUCACCCAGCACCGGCCGGCCCAGAGUACUCUUUCCGCCCAUUCUGGAAGUGGCCGUCUCCGAGUUUAGCGGCACCAAAGGGGCCAUGUGGAGCCAGGAUCCCUUCUAUCACAUCGGCAAGGUCACGAGGCGACCGCGGCUCAUCAGGAUAGUAAACGCACUCACCGCCCAGACGCAGUACAUGACCGUGUGCGAUGAGGAUAGCAUCUACGAUAUUCAGCAAAAGUACAAGCAGCGCUACAAUCACCAUGCCGGCAGCUACGAGUGGCGAAAGUUCUCAAAUGGAGGCAAGGCUUGCAGUGUGCUGAACCUGAAUGGCACCCUGGACGAGAAUGGCCUGACGGACGACGAGGAUAGCAACGUGGAGCUGCCCCCGCCCUCAAUUUGGCUCUACUACACAGAUGACCUGACCAUCGCUUGACACUGUUGUUUCUUAAAUGUUGUUGUAAAUUAUUUGUUCUAGCUGCAAGUAUAGCUCAUUUCAAGCUA